GACAUCUUCCAGGAAGAAAUCCCGAGGACCGGAGCGUCGGGCGAGUUGAAUGAACGGCUCCUUGUCCGCUUUGACUUAAAGUAAAAAAAUAAAAAAUAAAAAACUUUUUCUGGAGGUUUCAACUUUGUCACACGCUCGUGUUCGGACGGAGGAGCAGUCAACAUGCUGAUUAAAGAGUUCCGAAUUGUCCUGCCAGUGUCCGUGGAGGAGUACCAAGUGGGCCAGCUGUAUGCGGUAGCAGAGGCCAGUAAGAGCGAGACGGGUGGAGGAGAAGGUGUGGAGGUGUUGGAAAACAAGCCCUAUGAGAAGGAUGGAGAGAAGGGACAGUACACCCACAAGAUCUACCACCUGCACAGUAAAGUGCCGACGUUCAUCCGUGUGAUCGCUCCCAAAGGUUCUCUGGAGGUUCACGAGAAGGCCUGGAACGCAUAUCCUUACUGUCGAACCAUCCUUACAAAUACCUACAUGAAAAGCAACUUCAUGAUUAAGAUCGAGACGUGGCACAAACCUGACAUGGGGGAUCAGGAUAAUGUGCAUGGACUAGACAAAAGCUCAUGGGCAGCAACUGAGGUUGUUAACAUUGACAUUGCGGACAGAAGUUGCAUAAGUCCAAAGGACUACAAAGCGGAUCAUGAUCCAGCCAUCUUUAAAUCAGAGAAGACGGGUCGAGGGCCUCUGGGACCGGACUGGAAGGAAGAACUCGCUAACAACCCCAACUGUCCACACAUGUGUGCCUAUAAACUAGUCACUGUUGAAUUCAAGUGGCUGGGACUACAGGGCAAGAUAGAAAACUUCAUUCAAAAGGUGGAGAGGCGUUUGUUCACCCACUUCCACAGACAGCUGUUCUGCUGGAUCGACAAAUGGUUCGAUCUGUCGAUGGAUGACAUACGACGUAUGGAGGAAGAGACAAAGAAAGAGCUGGAUGAGAUGAGGCAGAAUGAUGAAGUUAAAGGGAUGUCAGCUGAGGACUGAUUGCGGGCUAACACAGGGGAUUUGACUUUCUUCAGCAAGUUCAGACUCCUCGCCUCGGACACUGGACCUAGAACAGCUUGAUAGGCAUAAUCAAGAAUACCACACUAAUAUCCUAGUAAAACUUGCUCUUAAUAAGAGCUCAUUAUUGUAAAGCAUGUGUGUGCAUUUAUGGACUACAUUUGAAUACAACCAUAGGAGCUUUUAUUUUUUUUUUUAAGAGACAAGUUUGCGAGUUGGGGAAUCCGUUUUGGGGAUGAAAAGUUCUUGCUUAUGCCUAUUUGGUCCUCUUAAAUUUUAAAACGCUGAGGAACAGGUGUGGGUUGUCUCUUAAGCAACAUUCCUGAUUACUGAUAUCCUUUUUUUUAAUGGCAGUUAUUUGGGUUUUGUUCUAUUCCUUGAUUUUAUAUUUUCCAUUUCUCAGUGAUUUAUUGUUUACUUACAAGAGCAAGUCUGCUGUCUUCUCUUUACGCAAAAGCUCCAGAGUUAAAUGUUUUUAUUUUAUUUUAUAAUUGACAAAUAAAAUAGACUUCAGUGCUUUUGAUAAAUUUCUUCCCUGAUCUCACAAAAUACACUAUUGCUCUGUUUUCUUAAACUACACAGCAUGACAUGGUAGCUGGAGGCAAAGUUAUAUCGUAUGAGGUAAUUACACUGAAAAUACUCCAACAGAGACAUUUAAUAUACAGAGUAGUCCUGGUCUGACAGCACCAUCUGCUGGUUGUGCGGUUUGUUUACCUUUAUAUGAUGCCAGCUGCUGUGUUUUAAUUAUAAUUUUGGAUUGAGGUUUUGAGUGUUAGUGAUGAUAAUAUGUAAGAAAAACCUGAACUCUGAGCAGAUCUCUAAAUGAUUGACACAUGAAGCAGUUCUGUCUUGAUAACUGUUAAAAAAAA